AUGGAUCCUGAUUUUAUUCGAUCUGAUGUUGGUACACUUUCACUAUCGAUGUAUCAUAUUGAUUGGGGUUUACAAACAACACAUGCUGGUGGUGGGGCAUGUUUAAGUUAUGGUUGGUUUAUUUCCAAAGUUUUCUCAUUACCUAACAAUAAGAAUAGAAAUCAACAAUUACAAAUGUAUAUCAGUACUGAUACAUCAACAGCAGUUUUUUUUGCUAUUCAAUUUGAAGAUGGUUUAACAAAAAAUUCAACUGAAGGAUAUACAUUUGAUGAAUGUAAAACAUUACAUCAAAAUGGAAUUCGACAAUUAUUACAAUGGUGCAGACAAAAUGAAACUUAUUCAAGAGAUUUAACUCCACUAGUUAAUUAUUCAAAUAGUAUUCUAUUUCAUAUACAUAUGGCACAUACAAAAUUAUAUUCUUUUGUUUUAUCAUAUGUUUGA